CCUCCCGAACAUUACACAACAAACAAACAUGGCAGCCAAAUUCGUCGUAGCGGUGGCUCUUUUCGCCAUGUGCCAAUCUAGCCCCGUCCUUAUAAACGGUGUACUGUACCGUGAUGGACGAGGCUUCUCCAUCGGCCAAGGCUACAGCCGCAACUAUGGCGGCGUGAGCCAGGCGUCCGGCUCUGCCUCGGUCAACGGCGGCAACGCCCAGGCCUUUGGCAGCGGCUCCGUCGGCGCCCAGCUUGCCCGCAACGACGGGUUUGGCGAGGUCUACCCCGGCCAGGCCGUCGCUCAAGCCGAAGUCUACGACGCUCCCGAAGCUCCCGUCUACGGCGGAGCCAAAGCAAUCGCCGAGGCCCAGAACGGCGCCUACUACCCUCUCCCAGCGCCCGCCACUGUCAUCUCGUACCACCAAAACUUCGAAGUGCCCGCUGAAAUCAGCUACAGCAUCCCUGCCGUCGAAGCUCAGUCCUCCGCUAUCAUGAACGGUGACUCAGAGUCGUCCAUUUCUUCCGCCAAAUCGAACGGCGCCGGCACCGCCCAGUCCUCCGCCCAAACCCAAAGAGGAGUCGGCAGCUACGGAAUCACCUCAACCAACGCCAAAACCUUUGGUUCUGGAUUUGGAACCGCUGCUUCAAACGCUAACAACGGCUAUGGCUCAGCUGUGACCGCCGCCCGCACCAACGGCGCCGGAUAUGGCUCCGCCUCCUCCAAAGCCGAAGGCAACUCUGGUGCCACCCGCUCCACCGCCGAAACUCAGAUGAACGGCGGCUACGGCUCUGCUUCAUCCACCGCCAACACCGGCUCUCAGGAUUCCGCCAUCGCCUCCGCCAAGGUUCACGGCUACCAGCCUACCUACACCGGUGCUCAGGAAUCUGCCAUCGCUUCUGCCAAGGUUCACGGCUACCAGCCUUCCAACUACGGCUCCGCUAACGCUAACGCCAACGUGAACGGCGAAUACGGCAACGCUAUCUCCUCCGCCAAGACCACCAACCAGAAGCACAUCCACUGGCACUUCGGCACCGCUUACGACGCUCCUUCCGGUUCCGCCAAGGCUCAGGCUAACACACAGUCCGGUUACGGAGCCGCCAAGUCCAACGCUGAGACUCAGGGAGCCGGUAUUGCUCAGUCCAACGCCAACGUCCACGGUGCUGAGUUCGGUUCCGCUAAUGCCAACGCCAACACCAACGGUGGAUACGGGUCCGCCAACUCCGCUGCUAACAUCCAUGGAUCCAACUACGGUUCCGCCAAGACUACCGCCAACACUCACGGCUCAAGCUUCGGAACCGCCAACGCCGACGCUAACAUCAACGCUGGUUAUGGAUCCGCCAAGACGACCGCCAACACCCAUGGCUCUGGCAUCGCGUCUUCCGCGGCCAACCUCGGCGCCGGCGUGGGUUUGGCCAAGCAUCACGGUGAUUACUACGGUGCGUCCAAGACCUCCGCUGAUGCCCAGAGCUCUGGGUUCGGCAAGGCUUCGUCCUCUGCCAAUACCCAAGGUCUGAGCGCCGGCUACAGGGUAGUCAACUCGAACGCCAACACCUCUGGCUUUGGCACCGCCCACGCCAACGCUCAGGCUUAAAUCCAUUUAGAAUAAGCAAAAGCAAUCAUAUCAAGACGACUACUGGACUAACCAAAAACUUGUCUUGGUAUAUUUGCAAAAGUCUGACUUAAUUUAUUUAUUUAUUGCAUUUAAUUUGAAGUCUGCAUUUAUAAUUUAUUGCUCAUUUAACUUACGAUUAAUUAUGGAGAUUAAUAAAACGAUUUAAAUUUUA